AUGCGUCCAAUAGACGGCACUCCUUUGGCAUCGAUGCUGCCAAUGGCCUUGUGGUGCGCUUCAACUGUCUCUCAUGAAGGUAAAGGCAAGAGUUCGACUUCAGCUGAUGGUCCUUGGAUUACUGUGGCUCGCAAAGGCAAGCCGAAGUUUGAGGAAGGUGAUGAAUGGAAGCUUCGGGAUUGUGACUGGAAUGCUCCAGUGGUUGCUUUUGACAAAGUCCCAAAUGAGCUGCAGAAACUGCAGCAAGAUGGGGAGUUCAAGGCUGUCAUCCUUUGCAAUAGUGAUCAGAUCGACACGCUGACGGCUCUCCUUCGGGGGUCCAAUCGGGUCCAUGCUGUGUUGAUCAUUGUGCCUGGCAAGGAGGAGAAAGCCGAACGGUGCCCGGGAGCCUAUGGACACCGAGUCGCUUUCAAGAUGGCCAAUUUCACUCGUGUGUGCACUUCUGGCUUGACUGCCCCUGGUCCAGCUGUGGUGGUUAAGCCGUUGCCCAAAGUUGCUGAGGUCAAGACGGUCGUGUUGUACGCCAAGUUGCAUCAGCGAUACUGCACCAAGGCUUUGUGGGACGCUGCUCGCUCUCAACCUCACAAGUGUCUCACGGCUUGGAUGAAGAAGCGUUCUUUCAAUGUGCAGGACUCUUGGGGGUGGAUUGAAGAGAAAGCACCUGGAGACCCUUUUUGCAAGUUGUUUGGCUAUGUGCGCGUUCUUGACUCAGAGAAAGUCGCUGUCAUGGCUGCAAGUGGUGACGAGUUCUUUUUUGAUCCGUCUCGUGAUGCUUCUGUACCACCAAUGCAAGUAGAUUGGCAGGACCAGGCCGAGGAUGAGGACUCUCUCACCUACUUGAAACGUUGCUCCAAAAUGAAGCCUCCCUAUGGCAUCUUGGUUGGGCACAGACAGUUGGGCUUGAGAAAGCAGCGUGAUGCUUCGACUGCCGUCGUUCGCCAGUGGAUCUUGCAAGGUGCUCCCAAAGCGUGGACUCAUGACCAGGUUGUGAAGGCCGUUGACGGUGUCUUGCAAUUCCCUUGCUUGUUGCGACAACGACAUGUUCGUGGUGGAGUUGACUACUUUGUUCGUGGCGCCAAAGUUGGCGACGCAGACAUGAUUGCAAUCCCCUUUGUUGACGAGCAUGGAGACACUAACACUAUGGUUGAGGUGGGCUCCUGUCAAGCCUGCUCAAAGUGA